AGUUCUCUCUGUGUGUCACCCGAGAGAACCCAACGCGGGCAGCGAGCUUUACAUUAAGGAAAGAUCCCUGCAGCUCUGCAUCUUCCUUGCCUCCAGAAAGACCCCAGAAAUCAGAAUGGCUUACAUCCUGUUGAUAUUCUCUGCAUUUGCCCAGGUUGUUUCUGUGAGCACGUUCCCCUUCUCCAGAGAAAGCACAGAUGACCUCAAAGCGCUGCAAGUCUCCAUUUCCAGACAUCCACCAGUACGAGCCAUGCUCUCUGGUAGCCUCACCAUCCCUUGCCAUGUUACCUAUCUGCACCCGCUGCCCACUUCUGGAACUGCAGGGCGCCGGGCUGUCCAAGGGGCACCUCGUGUGAAAUGGACCUUCAUCACAGAAGGGAGAGAAGCUGAGAUCCUGGUAGCUCGGGGCCUGAAAGUGAAGGUAAACGAAGCUUAUCGCGACCGAGUCUCCCUUCCCUUCUAUCCGGAUUCACCAACAGAUGCCACCUUGCUCUUGAGUGAACUGCGAUCUAACGAUUCCGGGGUCUACCGCUGUGAUGUGCAACAUGGGAUUGAGGAUGGCCAUGACCUUCUGGAGGUGAAGGUGAAAGGAGUUGUGUUUCUUUACCGGGAGGGCUCUUCCCGCUAUGCAUACACCUUUGCCAAGGCCCAGGAAGCAUGUGCCAGGAUAGAUGCUGAGAUUGCAACCCCGGAACAGCUGUACGCUGCCUACCUCGGUGGUUAUGAGCAGUGUGAUGCAGGCUGGAUAGCAGACCAAACUGUCAGGUACCCUAUACACACCCCUCGCGAAGCUUGUUAUGGGGACAUGGAUGGGUUCCCUGGAGUUCGUAACUACGGUGUAGUGGACCCAGAAGAUAUGUAUGAUGUCUAUUGCUACGCUGAAGAACUGUAUGGAGAGCUGUUUGUGGUGAGCUCUCAAGAGAAAUUCACUUGGGAAGAGGCCAAAGCCGAGUGCCAAUCUCUGGGAGCAGAGAUAGCAACAACAGGCCAGCUGUACGCAGCGUGGAAUGAAGGCCUGGACCACUGUAACCCUGGCUGGCUGGCAGAUGGGAGUGUGCGCUACCCUAUCGUGACCCCACGAGAGAAGUGUGGGGGGAACAUGCCAGGGGUCAAGACUAUCUUCCUCUUCCGCAAUCAGACUGGAUUCCCCGAUCCCCACAGCAAAUAUGACGUGUAUUGUUUUAGAGAAGAUACAAACCCUUUCUCUGAGUCUCCAGUCUCCGAGGCAGAGGGCAGCAAGGUGAUUGUGACUGUGACAGAAAAGAUGGAAGAGCUGCGGCUGCCCAAAGCGGAGCAUGAGGUGGCCAAGGAAUCCAGAGGCGCCAUUUACUCCGUGCCCAUUUCACAGGACGUCCUCGAGGCUCAGCAGCCAAGCAGUGCCUCUGAAGAGGCAGCACUUGCCCCUGAGGCCCCACCAGGGCCCAAGGCAGGUCCCGUUAGCUGUGAUGUAAGACCAGGCCAGAGAGAUCGGGAAGGGGGAAAAGAGAGAGACGGAAGUUGCGCAGAGAGACACAGGAAUGGUGAAGAGCCUCAGCCUAACUCAGAAGAAACCUUAAGCAUUGAAGAUGAUCAGAUGUUGGAUCCAGGCCUGCAGGUUGAAGAAGAACUUGAUGAAGAACAGAAUGCACCCGCUUCUUCAGAAGCCACUCCAGGGGAGGCUGAGCCAGAUGUGGAAGAUGCAGUUAUCCAACAUCAGUCUCAGACAUGGCCCAAAAUCUCUCCAGAGCUCAGCAAGCCUAAGGACAAGAAGAAACCCCACAGCUUCGACAGCCCAGCGCAUCCUGGCCCAUCUCAGCAACAUGGAAGGGAAAGUGCCACAGAAACCGGAUUCUCCGAGAACUUAGAUGCUCAUGAAGCAAGUAGUGGGGCGGGGUCUUCUGAUGGGGUGCACAAAGCUCCGUCAUCAUCUGCUUCUGAGACUGUGGCUGAAGCAAAGUCCGUCCCUCUGGAACAAGUGGAUCACAAUGUCAGUUAUAGCGAUCUGGAAGAAUCUGGAUUUCCCCAUCAGCCUGAAGAUUCAGGGUUGCAUGACAUCUUUGGAACAAUCGCCACCCCAAAGGCUGGCAUUCAUUGCCUGUGUCUGCUUUCAGGUGACUGUAUUCCAAAUCCUUGUAUGAAUGGAGGCACCUGCAUGGAAGAGGGUGACCACUUUGUGUGUCUCUGCCUACCAGGAUAUGGAGGAGAUGCUUGUCAGAUAGACCUGGAGAAAUGCAAGCCUGGCUGGGACAGCUUCCAAGGUUCUUGCUAUAAGCACUUCUCCACCCGGCGGAGCUGGGAAGAAGCCGAGACCCAGUGCAGGAGCCACGGAGGACACCUUGCUAAUAUCAUGACACCGGAAGAACAGGGCUUCAUCAAUGAUCAAUACAAAGAGUACCAAUGGAUCGGCCUGAAUGACCGAACAAUUGAAGGGGAUUUCCAGUGGUCGGAUGGCAGCCCCGUGCUAUAUGAGAACUGGCAUCCUGGGCAACCUGACAGCUAUUUCCUCUCUGGGGAGAACUGCGUGGUGAUCGUGUGGCAUGACGAGGGGAAGUGGAGCGAUGUGCCUUGCAACUACCACCUGUCCUACACCUGCAAAAUGGGGCUGGUGUCUUGCAGCUCACCCCCUGAGGUGGCAAAUGCCCAAAUAUUCGGCAAACCAAAGCAGCGUUACGAAAUCAAUUCCAUCAUCCGGUACUGGUGCCAAGAAGGGUUCACCCAACAACACUCGCCUGUCAUCAGGUGCCAAGAGGAUGGCCAGUGGGAGCAGCCACAGUUCACCUGUAUCCCAAGGAUAGGCCAGUUCCAGGAAUGAAGAGCUACCCAAGACUGUCCGUCAACCCCAGUUCACAGUCUGAGUCAGGAGUAUGGACAAACCAGCAGGAAAUGACAAUGGUGCCU